UAGGAGAGCCCCUCACACCCCCGCUCCAGGCCUGGGGCCGCUUCGGGAAGGAGAUAGUGGUAGCCGCGGGAAUGAGAGGGAGCAAGAUAAACCCUCUCAAAGUGACGCCCCAAACACUUCGGAUUUCGAAUUCGAAGCUAAAGGCUGCUAGAAAUUGAGACUCUUCGGCCUCCUCCGCACACCCCCCUCGGCCCCCGCCCCAAAGACCCGGUGGUUUGCUGGCUGCCUGCUUCCCGCCCCCGGCUCGGAGGUCUCUGGCACGCGGGCGCCCCGUCGGCCGCCGGCUUCCUCCUUCAAACCCGCCGGCGCACAUGAGGCCACUGCCCCCGCCGCAGGCGCUGGCACCCCCCUCCCGGUGCCCGUGGUGAUGCCAUGCCCCGCCACCACGCGGGAGGAGAGGAGGGCGGCGCCGCCGGGCUCUGGGUGAAGAGCAGCGCGGCGGCGGCGGCGGGCGGGGGGCGCCUGGGCAGCGGCAUGAAGGAUGUGGAGUCCGGCCGGGGCAGAGUGCUGCUGAACUCCGCGGCCGCCAGGGGCGACGGCCUGCUGCUGCUGGGCACCCGCGCGGCCGCGCUCGGCGGCGGCGGCCUGAGGGAGAGCCGCCGGGGCAAGCAGGGGGCCCGGAUGAGCCUGCUGGGGAAGCCGCUGUCCUACACUAGUAGCCAGAGCUGCCGGCGAAACGUCAAGUACCGGCGAGUGCAGAACUAUCUCUACAACGUGCUGGAAAGACCCCGCGGCUGGGCGUUCAUCUACCACGCAUUCGUUUUCCUCCUUGUCUUUGGUUGCUUGAUUUUGUCCGUGUUUUCUACCAUCCCUGAGCACACGAAAUUGGCCUCAAGUUGCCUCUUAAUUCUGGAGUUCGUGAUGAUUGUCGUCUUUGGCUUGGAGUUCAUCAUUCGAAUCUGGUCAGCAGGUUGCUGUUGUCGGUAUAGAGGAUGGCAAGGAAGACUGAGGUUUGCCCGAAAGCCCUUCUGUGUUAUAGAUACCAUUGUUCUUAUUGCUUCAAUCGCAGUUGUUUCAGCAAAAACUCAGGGUAAUAUUUUCGCCACGUCUGCACUCAGAAGUCUCCGUUUCCUACAGAUCCUCCGUAUGGUGCGCAUGGACCGGAGGGGAGGCACUUGGAAAUUACUAGGUUCRGUAGUUUAUGCACACAGCAAGGAAUUAAUCACAGCUUGGUACAUAGGAUUUUUGGUUCUUAUAUUUUCAUCUUUCCUUGUCUAUCUGGUGGAAAAGGAUGCAAAUAAGGAGUUUUCUACAUAUGCAGAUGCUCUCUGGUGGGGCACAAUUACAUUGACCACUAUUGGCUAUGGAGACAAAACUCCCCUAACUUGGCUGGGAAGAUUGCUUUCCGCGGGCUUUGCACUCCUUGGCAUUUCUUUCUUUGCACUUCCUGCCGGCAUUCUUGGCUCAGGUUUUGCAUUAAAAGUACAGGAACAGCACCGCCAGAAACACUUCGAGAAAAGAAGGAACCCAGCUGCCAACCUCAUUCAGUGUGUUUGGCGUAGUUAUGCAGCUGAUGAGAAAUCUGUUUCCAUUGCAACCUGGAAGCCACACUUGAAGGCCUUGCACACCUGCAGCCCCACCAAGAAAGAACAAGGGGAAGCAUCAAGCAGUAAGUUCUGUAGUAAUAAGCAGAAGCUCUUCAGAAUGUACACUUCACGGAAGCAGAGUCAGAAGCUAAGUUUUAAGGAGCGAGUGCGCAUGGCUAGCCCGAGGGGCCAGAGUAUUAAGAGCAGACAAGCUUCAGUAGGUGACAGGAGGUCCCCAAGCACCGACAUCACAGCCGAGGGCAGCCCCACCAAAGUGCAGAAGAGCUGGAGCUUCAAUGACCGCACCCGCUUCCGGCCCUCGCUACGCCUCAAAAGUUCUCAGCCAAAACCAGUGAUAGAUGCUGACACCGCACUUGGCACUGAUGAUGUAUAUGAUGAAAAAGGAUGCCAGUGUGAUGUAUCAGUCGAAGAUCUCACCCCACCACUUAAAACUGUCAUUAGAGCUAUCAGAAUUAUGAAAUUUCAUGUGGCCAAACGGAAAUUUAAGGAAACAUUACGCCCAUAUGAUGUAAAAGAUGUCAUUGAACAAUAUUCUGCUGGUCACCUGGACAUGCUAUGUAGAAUUAAAAGCCUUCAAACACGUGUUGAUCAAAUUCUUGGAAAAGGGCAAAUCACAUCAGAUAAGAAGAGCCGAGAGAAAAUAACAGCAGAACACGAGACCACAGAUGACCUCAGUAUGCUCGGCCGGGUGGUCAAAGUUGAAAAACAGGUCCAGUCCAUUGAGUCCAAGCUGGACUGCCUGCUGGACAUCUACCAACAGGUCCUCCGGAAAGGCUCUGCCUCAGCCCUCACUUUGGCUUCAUUCCAGAUCCCAUCUUUUGAAUGUGAACAGACAUCUGAUUAUCAAAGCCCUGUGGAUAGCAAAGACCUGUCCAGUUCUGCGCAGAACAGUGGCUGCCUAACCAGAUCAGCUAGUGCCAACAUCUCGCGAGGCCUGCAGUUCAUUCUGACGCCAAACGAAUUCAGCGCUCAGACUUUCUAUGCGCUUAGCCCUACUAUGCACAGUCAAGCAACCCAGGUGCCAAUGAGUCAAAGUGACGGCUCCGCAGUGGCGGCCACCAGCAACAUUGCAAACCAAAUAAAUGCGGCACCCAAGCCAGCAGCCCCAACAACUUUACAGAUCCCGCCUCCUCUCCCAGCCAUCAAGCAUCUGACCAGGCCAGAGACUCUGCACCCAAACCCCGCAGGCUUACAGGAAAGCAUUGCUGACGUCACCACCUGCCUUGUUGCCUCCAAGGAAAAUGUUCAGGUUGCACAGUCAAAUCUGACAAAGGACCGUUCCCUGCGGAAAAGCUUUGACAUGGGAGGAGAAACUCUGUUGUCCGUCCGUCCCAUGGUGCCCAAGGACUUGGGCAAAUCUUUGUCUGUACAAAACCUGAUUAGGUCGACAGAGGAACUGAAUUUACAGCUUUCAGGGAGUGAGUCAAGUGGCUCCAGAGGCAGCCAAGAUUUUUACCCCAAGUGGAGGGAGUCCAAAUUGUUUAUAACUGAUGAAGAGGUGGGUCCCGAAGAGGUAGAGACAGACACUUUCGAUGCCACCCCGCAGCCAGCCAGGGAAGCUGCUUUUGCAUCAGACUCUCUAAGGACUGGAAGAUCCCGAUCAUCUCAGAGCAUUUGUAAGGCAGGAGAAAGUACAGACGCCCUCAGCUUGCCUCAUGUCAAACUGAAAUAAGCUCUUUGUUUUCUUUCUAGGCAUAGCAGUUCCUUUAGCCAUACAUAUCAUUGCAUGAACUCUUUUGAAAGCCCUCCUAAAAAGUUGAAAUUGCAAGAAUCAGGAAGAACAUGAAAGGCAGUUUAUAAGCCCGUUAUCUUUUAAUUGCAUGAAAAUGCAUGUUUAGGGAUGGCUGAAAUUCCGAGGUGCAUCGACAUUAACCCACUCAUUUAGUAAUGUACCUUGAGUUUAAAAAUCAUCAGAAACCAAACACUGCUAAUGCUAUGGGGUAUAUGAAAACGUCAAGAUUAGGUGAUUUAGAAGUUUCAACACUGUACUUUGAAAUUGUGGAAGAAAACACUUUCAAAUUUCAGGCAUUUCUGCUUUGUAACUAAAUACGAAAUACAUUUUCAAAAUUAGGCCAUAAUGUGUAUUUAAACAUAAUGGCUCUCAAUAGCUGCUAACAAGGUAUCAAGUAAAACAGAAUUUGGGAAUAACAGAAAUGGCUGCUUAUUUCAAGAUAUAUUUGCCAACCCAUUUCUAUUCAGUCAUUUUAUUAUUAAUGUAAUUUGAGUGUCAGUUUGUACGCUUUUGGUGAUUUAGCGCUGUGGCAAGCAAUUUUGCACAUCAUUUUCAUGUUGUUCUUUAUGACAAGAAUGUUUUUCAUUUAGAAAAUUUGCAAAUAAUGAAAUUCAGGACCAGCAGGGCAAAUAGACUCACUAUCUGACAUAUUUGACUUUAUGGAAACAUAUUCCCUGAUGGCAGAUUCAACUCUAUAUGAGUGGUCAGCUUCUAUACACAUGCAUGAAACACUGAUGAGUAGAAUAGCCAGUGUGACUGGGCAUCUCUGCAAUGGCACCAACCCCAGGUUUGCCAAUCCUGGCCACGUGAAGGGCAAGUGUGAGGAGCUAUUGCCAUUUAGCCAACACACAGGUAGGACCCUGGGGAGGGGGACAGUUAAGUGGAACUAAGAGAAAAAAAAAUGCUUAAAAAGAAGCCAGAAAUAACACCAGGAAGUAGACAAUGUUCAGAAAAUUACUUCUCCCUUAAAAGGCAGUGAGAGGGAAGGAGAGAAACAAACCAAAAUAAAAGAAAUCAAUUUUUUGGAUAAUGAGUAUUGCUAGGGAAUUCAACUGCCUAAGCAUCCCUUAUUCUUAUAUAGAAACAGAGAAUUUUGCAAGUUAUUUAUUUUUUAAUAUACCCUGAAUGUCUUUUGCUAUUAUGUCUUACAUUUUUGCAUAUGAAAGGCUAAAACUAAAGGUUCCUUCACUUUUUAUACUGUAGUAAACACUUUGUAUUGUCCCUGAGAAUGUUGUCCCAAAUCUGAAAUUACCAGUUUGGUUUCCUUGUAUAAACAUUCACAAUUAAGAAGCCAGAUAGCACUGCAGGGUCCGCUAAUCACCACACUUAAUAAUAUA